ACUUCUUUGUUUUUUCACAGGUAAUUCUUGAUGUCCCAACUAUGGGAGGACAGCUUAUGCUUGUUGACAUGGCUGGUUCUGAAAAUAUUGAGCAAGCUGGUCAAAAUGGUUUGGAAGCCAAAAUGCAGACUGGAAAGAUCAACCAAGGAAAUAUAGCACUAAAGAGAGUGGUAGAGUCCAUUGCAAAUGGUGAUUCUCACGUGCCGUUCAGAGACAGCAAGUUGACUAUGCUUUUGCAGGAUUCAUUUGAGGAUGAUAAGUCGAAGAUUUUGAUGAUAUUGUGUGCUAGCCCGGAUCCCAAGGAGAUGCACAAGACGAUUUCUACUCUUGAAUACGGAGCAAAAGCAAAAUGCAUUGUUCGUGGUCCUCAUACACCACUCAAGGACAAGCAUGGCACGGAAGAUUCAUCAUCAGCAGUUAUUUUAGGAUCACGGAUCACAGCUAUGGACCAGUUCAUUUUCAAACUACAAAUGGAAAUUUACUGAUCCAAAGCUUGGAAAUUUACUGAUGCAGUGUAAUGAUGUGUAAUAUGCUUGGCUAUUCCAUUGCAUCUGCAUGUGCAAGCAAAUGACUUAAUCUAUUUUUUCUUUUUAUUUUUUGAUUGUGUUUGUUGUUUGAUUUUGGUUCAGACACAAUCAUGUAAUGUUUAUUUAGUCAAUAUAUUGAAGUAGCUGUAAAAUUUUAUUCAUA